UUCCACCUCGACCUCCACUUAAGCUCCAACUGUUUCGGAUUAAACUAUCCAUACUGGAAGUGGAUCAGCGCUCCGGACUCCUCCGGACUCGCGGCUUUGCAGCACCUGUUUCCCGGCGUUUGUCCUCUCACCUCCCUAAACAUCCAACUUGAGGCUCUUGGCUUCCUGUCUCUUGUCUCCAUGUGGUAUUGGAACGCAUCUUUUUCUUUUCUUUUUUGCAUGUGUGUCGGGAAUAAAGUGCGCGCUGCCGGAUUCCAGCGCCUCCGUUUUCACUGGCGGACGUUUGGUUCCUUACUCUCCGCGUAAAAUAUUUCAGCGGACAUAAACCCGGAGCAGCCCCUCCUGUGGGAUUAUCCUCGUCUCAGACUGAUUGUAAACUUUGCUUGUGUUAGUUGUACGCUGGAUUACUCCUCACGUCUUCAGUUUUUUUCUAUUUCAUUCAUCGAGAGGAAUCCUGCAUCCAAAUUUCCUUUUUUUUUUUUUAAAUCAUGCGGUUUGUUUUGAUUGGAUUUAAUCAACGGGAUGGGAAGCGUGACCCGCAGGAGUGUCUAUUAUUAUUUAAUCUGUUUUCCAGAGUUUUUCCUGUGUAAAUCAUUGUUCGUCACCUGAUUCCACCCAACCUCAAACCUCACCACAAAAACAAUUUAAGCCGCCGCCCCCCUAGAUAUCGGAUUGUGGAACCAAUCCACUUUUUGUUUGUUCCUCCUUCAAACGUUCUCAGAUAUGUAGGUACUAAAUGAAAUCCAAGGGAAACUUUGGGAGCUGCCUGAAGGCACCCAGGCAGAAAGCCUGCAGCAAUUUCUACAAUAUCUGAUAAUUAAAUGGAUUUGGACCAAGAGCAAACACAGGUACCCUGACAAGCAAAAAAGAAAAACAAAAUGUUAUUAAAGACUUUUAAAAAGAUGUAGCUGGUGUAAAGGGUAAAGAACGCUGGAGUUCGAAAGGUUUUAAGCCAAAAGAAACAUUUGGAAAGUUCCUGAAAGUCCUCUGUCCUCUGGAUGUUCCUGGGAAAAUCUGGAAGAGAUUUUUACACCGAGAAGUUUCCGCACAACAACUGAAUCCUAAAACUCAGGGAGAGCCACAACAAGUCCGGGCAGGGCAACGACUUAAAGCGAAACGAGGAACCCAAAGAUUUCUCCCAGGAACCCGGAGAUCCCAAAGUGGUCAGGCUGCGGCGGACGCUGCGACUCGGACCCGACGUCCUGUCGGGACCAGCUGAAGGAACCCAUGGGAACGCUGCGGGACCUGCAGUACGCUCUGCAGGAGAAGAUCGAGGAGCUGCGGCAGCGCGACGCCCUGAUCGACGAGCUGGAGCUGGAGCUGGACCAGAAAGACGAGCUGAUCCAGAGGCUGCAGAACGAGCUGGACAAGUACCGCUCGGUGAUCCGGCCCGCCACGGCCCAGCAGGUCCAGGCCCAGCAGAAGAACCUGGUGCUGCAGCCGGACCAGCACCGCAGCAAGAGGCAGGCCAUCUCCGCCGAACCCACGGCCUUCGACAUCAGCGAGCUGUGCCACGUCACGCUGCCGUUCUACCCCAAGAGCCCACAGUCAAAGGAGCUGAUAAAGGAGGCCAUCUUGGACAAUGACUUCAUGAAGAACCUGGAGCUCUCUCAGAUCCAGGAGAUUGUGGACUGCAUGUACCCGGUGGAUUAUGGGAAGGAUGCCUGUAUCAUAAAGGAAGGAGAUGUAGGCUCAGUGGUGUUCGUCAUGGAAGAGGGGAAGGUGGAGGUGACCAAAGAGGGGAUGAAGCUGUGCACGAUGGGACCGGGGAAAGUUUUCGGAGAGCUGGCCAUCCUCUACAACUGCACCCGGACCGCCACGGUCAGGACUCUGAUCCAUGUGAAGCUGUGGGCCAUCGACCGGCAGUGCUUUCAGACCAUCAUGAUGAGAACCGGACUCAUCAAACACUCCGAGUACAUGGACUUCCUGAAGAGCGUUCCAACCUUCCAGGGUCUUUCAGAGGAAACCCUCAGUAAGCUGGCAGACGUCAUGGAGGAGACUCACUAUGACGACGGAGAGUACAUCAUCCGACAAGGAGCACGAGGAGACACCUUCUUCAUCAUCAGCAAGGGGAAGGUGAAUGUGACUAAGGGGGAUUCAGCCAAUCAGGAGGCCAUUCACCUGAGGGAGCUCGGAAGAGGGGACUGGUUUGGAGAGCGAGCGCUGCAGGGGGAAGACGUGAGAACAGCCAACGUGAUCGCAGUUGAGCCCGUCACCUGCCUGGUUAUCGACAGAGACUCAUUUAAGCACCUGAUUGGUGGACUGGACGACGUUUCAAAUAAAGUCUACGAGGACGCUGAAGCCAAGGCCAAGUACGAAGCCGAGAAUGCCUUCUUCUCCAGCCUAAAGCUCAAUGACUUCAACAUCAUUGAUACUCUGGGAGUUGGAGGCUUUGGAAGAGUUGAGCUGGUGCAGCUGAAGAACGAGGAGGCUAAAACGUUCGCCAUGAAGAUCCUGAAGAAGCGUCACAUCGUGGACACGAGGCAGCAGGAGCACAUCCGUGCUGAGAAACAUAUCAUGACCGAAGCACACUCAGACUUCGUUGUCAGGUUGUACCGGACGUUUAAAGACAGUAAAUAUUUAUACAUGCUGUUGGAGGCGUGUCUGGGUGGAGAGCUGUGGACCAUACUGAGAGACAAAGGUUCGUUUGAUGACUCCACCACUAGGUUCUACACUGGCUGCGUGGUUGAAGCAUUCGCUUACUUGCAUGCCAAAGGCAUCAUCUACAGAGACCUGAAACCUGAGAACCUGAUCCUGGACAGCCGAGGAUAUGCUAAGCUGGUGGAUUUUGGUUUUGCAAAGAAGAUUGGAUUCUGCAAGAAAACAUGGACGUUCUGUGGGACGCCGGAAUACGUUGCUCCAGAGAUCAUUUUGAAUAAGGGCCACGACGUGUCUGCCGACUACUGGUCUCUGGGGAUCCUGAUGUAUGAGCUGCUGACUGGCAGUCCUCCGUUCUCAGGUCCAGAUCCGAUGAAAACGUACAACAUCAUACUGAAAGGCAUUGACAUGGUUGAGUUCCCAAAGAAGAUCACCAAGAAUGCUGCCAACCUCAUCAAGAAGCUCUGCAGGGAUAGCCCAUCGGAGAGACUAGGAAAUCUGAAAAAUGGAGUGAAGGACAUCCAGAAGCACAAGUGGUUCGAAGGAUUCAACUGGGAAGGGCUGAAGAAAGGAACACUAACUCCACCCAUCACACCCAAGGUGUCCUCUCCAAUCGACACCAGUAACUUUGACAGUUUUCCAGAAGACACGGACGAGCCGCCGCCCGAUGAUAACUCAGGAUGGGACUAUGACUUCUAAACCGAGUCUGCAUCUUUGAGACGGCGUUGAAGUUGAAGACCCACCAGGUGAAGAAGCCAACUGUGGCGGGUUUGUGCCCAAUAUGAACUUGGGGCCGAGCGUAGAUGGAAGCACAUGGAGAAAAGUUCUCUGGAAGAUCGAAGGGAUCCAGCGGAUCAGCUCUGUUCAUUCAAGAAGAGUUGAGCAAUGAAGCAGCUCAGUGUCCAGAGCUGGGGGUUUACCUCCCCUGGCUUUACUUUCUUUUUUUUGAUUCGCUUCUGGCUCCGGGACGUCGCCGGGCAUGAUGAAACAGUUGAGCCAAAUAGACGGCUGCUGAAAUUUUCUAAGAAUCUGAGUUGUCGUUUAGGCUGCAGAGGAACUCUGAGGAAGUUCUUCCAUCACAUGGACCAUAGAGGGCGUCUAUGAACCCACUUUGUUACUGCAAAUGAACCGAACCGGCUGCAAAUAUAGUGAGUCUUGAGUUUGUGUCAAAAAGUGCCAGUUCUUAGGAUUCGGCUUUAAAAAUCCCACCAGAAAGCUGACAGAACUUGAAUCACCGUCUGCUUCCUCUGAAAUGUGAAAGACGUUAUUCACAAUAUAUCUUCUCACCUGGAGAUCUUUUUUUCUUCUUUUUUAUCAACAAGGUUGGGGUUAUAAACGAGGUUUAGCUCGCUUUUCCUGGGACGUAUAAUUAGUUUAAUUGAGCAACUCUAAUAAAUAAGCAAAUAAAUGUUUUAAAUACUAACAUAUUUUAUUAUUUUAAUAUUAUUUUGUGUUUAAAUUACAUUACUUUAUAAAUAAUUGAUUUAUUAAAUUCAAUAAAUUGAAAUUAAAAAAAAGAUUCAGAACAUUUAAUUUCUUACUCUCCUAGAAAUAGAAAAAAAUAAUUAGCAUUACUCAAUCCAAGUAAAAUAGAAGUCAGAAAGCUGUACACUUUAUUGAUGAGUUAAGUUUUUUUUAAAAUAUGUUUGGCAAAAACUGACUGGAUCAAAUCAGAUUUUAUGUCAGUUACAAGAGAGUGAAAAUGGUAAAAAAUUAUAAUAAUAAUGAAAUGAUUUUGUGAAACUGUUGACCCUACAAAAAUGCCUUUCUUCAUCAUCGAAAGGUGGAUGAACGGAGAUCAGGAUGGUUUCCCAGGGCUCUGGUACUGAAACUUGGUGCAUCACAACGUUAUUUUGGUAGAAUUCGGAUUGUUAUUAACCUGCCAAAGUACAACACUGCCCAAAGCCUCAGAGCCUGUUUGUGCAUUAAUAAAACAUAACUGAAGAGUGAGUCCACAUUCAGCUCUCUAACUGAGGGCCAGUUUAUAUACGACGCCUAUAGUGGCAGGAAUAACUUCCUUACAGCCACCUUAAUGCCUUCAGUCAUAACUUCCUUUCUAAAAACUGAAGAAACUUUGAGGAUGCAGUACAAGUUUCUGCUUUGAAACUUUGCAAGUUUUUACACAAUUAAUCUUUGAGUGGCAGCAUGAAACUGAUAUUAGGUGUCUUGAGUAUUCCAACAUAUACAGGCACUUCCAUAUCUCUGUUCCUCUUCAGGUGGUUGUUUGGGAGGUAUGCAUGGCCAGUGCAUGUGUAAAAUAGCUUGAAGCAAUCUCUUUUGAUCAUGCUUGCUCCAGUGGCAGUGUCAAUCAUUUCAAUCCUUCUUGUUUUGAAAUCUACAGAAUUUGACAAACACUCAGUUCCAGACAGUUCCUGAAUGACGGUGUAAUCUCACACAAAGAUCUCCUGUUCGUGAACGAAUGUCAAAAAUGUCCAUGCUGAGCUUGAAACUUUCCACUUGGCAGGCGUAAUUACUAAAAGAGUCAGAGAUGAUGUUUCUAUUAAAGAAAAGAAAACCAUCGGCUGGUUCUCAAGCAUUUCAGAUGAAUUGCAGUGUUUGCUACCAUCUGGUGGGUAAAUGUUGCUAUUGUAGUUCUCUAACGGCGCUGAGAAAACUUUAAAAUCAUAGUUUUUUUUGACCGUUGUGCCUAAAUGUGAUGUGUGGAUUAUGUGACAGCAACCGGCCCUCUCACUUUAAACUGAAAGGAGCUAAACUCGUGGAAUCCUUCUUCCGUUCUGUAGACACUUCAAUCUACUCGGUUGGCUGUAGUUUUCACUUUGUGCCACUAGAUGUCUAUGUUUACAAAAACGCUGUACCUUUAACUCGCAUUGCUUCCAUACACAGCUCAAGAUUUCUGCUGCAGAUUGAAAUUAACUCUGAAAUUGAUGACAGAUGAUGAUAAGGUUUGCUCUCUCUCCCUCUGAUCAAUCAGUUCCUAAUUCAUCCACUAAAUAAGCUCUACAGUUUUUUUUUAAAGGAAAGUCAAACACAAUCCCACUUCAAAUAAGACGAGGAUUAAAUGUCAACUUUCUUCAUUAAGCUUAAAAUCAUGGUUGAAAAAGCCGUGGCUGCAGCAAAAUAAGCGAUUACGUGCAGGAGCUUUGCAUGCUGACAAAGUUUAUGUGAAAUAGUUUCAACAAUUGUGCAAUUUUGAUGUUCCAGUCCUCAAAUGAGGAUAUCUGAUCUCUGUAUUUUUGUGCCGUUUUUAAAAGAGUGAACACCUGUCUGUAUUUUGUAUGAAGCUUUUGUAUCAUCAGUCAGACUUUACUGGAAUAUUUUUGUAAAACAAUCAGUGGCGUGACGUCUCUGCAUGACGACAGUGGUAACGGUGUGUGGUUUGCACCACCAGAGGGCAUGGUAGAGGUCAAUCAGUACAAUCAAAAUGUUCUGACUUUUAUUUUUUUCAUAAAAGUCAACUAUAAAGACAAGUUCCUUUUAUGUGUUUUCAGUCAGCCAGCAUGAGGCUCUAGAGGCACUGACACAAUAAACCCACGUGUUUCUCAAUGUCAGCGAGGUCAUGUUGGAACAUUAAAGUUUAGUUUUGGACCACAAGGAAAAAAAUGUGUAUAUUUAAGUGAUGCUAUUUUGUGCUUAUUGGUGAUUUAUUUGUAUAUUAAGAAAUAUGUUGCUAUAGUUUCUAUGUAUUUAACAUUUAUCUUACAAUUGUGUUUUAAAAAUAAAAGGUUCCAGAAUAAA